AUGGGAGUGCACCCAGCAUUGCCAGUGGAUGGCGCCACUGUGAUCCUGGGCAAUGAUAUUGCAGGUAGCCGGGUCUGGGCUGAUGUGCCUCCUCCAGUCCAGGUGUCCGAUUCGCCUGUGUGCCAGUUCUUCCAUUUUCCACUGUCCUGGUGGUGGAGCAGAGAAUGGAAGCUGCUGGAGGAGGAAGUCCAGUAUGUGGUGGUGUUGCUGUUCCUUCUCACUCUAGCAGGGCUUCACAAUAUUUGCCGGUACCAAGCUUGGAUGAAGCAGCUGGAGACUACAGGGACUGCUGUGGUCUGGAAGCUGGUGCCAGGUCCAUUUUGGUGGAAGCGUGGAUGCUUCAGCCCACCGUGCAAGCGACACUUGGACGGCACGGUGGAGACCCCAAGUCCCGGGGACAACGUUUUUUGUGAGGUUUGGCUGGUGUUUUUCCACUGGGGGCGGGGCUUCUUGAUCCCCCUCCACCAUGGUGUUGGUGGGAGGAGCCUCGGCCUCUGCUCCUCCACCAGCCUCUCUGUGGGAGUGGCCUCCGCAGGCCCCAACUCCCCCUGCUGUUGUGUGGAUGGGAUCUCCGCAGGCCCCUCCCCCUCUCCCGCCUCACCCCUCUCCUCUCCUCUAGUGGGGGGUUUUGGCGGGAGAUUUGAAUUUCCCAGCCCCACCUCUCCAAUCAACUCUUCAGUUGUGCCCGUGCUCCCCACAAUGCCGGCAGAGCUUGGGUUGUCCUUGAAAUUCCACAACAAAUUGGCGUCAACGAACAGUCCCAUCAUCAUGGAGGGGGUCCGCUGCGGUUGGAAUCAGGAAGGGUAUAGCUCCCCGACUCCAGUGACUCGGUCUUCCCCUCUCAACGUUCGAGCUAAAGGAGGACUCCUGCCUCCAUACCUGGCGGAUCCGCUCAGCGCAUGGUGA